AUGGCUACUCUCAGAACUAUUAAGACUAUUAUUCCUGGUAUCGAACAGGCCGAAGGUGUUGGAGCCACGGUCAGAAGAAGCAUUGGUAACAUGAAGAUGAGAAACUUCACUCCAUUCUUGCUUUUCGACCAUUUCUCCUCCAAUGGUGUGGGAGGCUUCCCAGAACACCCACAUUUGGGCCAGGAAACCAUUACCCUCUUGACCAAGGGAGCAUUUGCCCAUGAGGACUUCACAGGCUCCAAGGGUGUGUUAAGAGAAGGUGAUUUGCAAUUUAUGACUGCUGGAAGAGGUACUGUGCACUCGGAAAUGCCAGUGAUCCACCCAGAUGGCUCCCCCAACAUUGGUUUGCAAUUGUGGGUGGACUUGCCAGAGAAAUUAAAAGAGGUUGAGCCAAGAUACAGAGACUUGAAGACAUGGGAAAUUCCCGUGGCUGAAACCCAGGACGGUAAGGUCAAGGUUAAGGUGAUUUCUGGUAAGAGUUACGGCGUGGAGCUGUUGAAGGAAUUGGCUUACACUCCAGUGCAAUACUACCACUACACCAUGAAGCCAGGAUCACACUUUUCCCAGGAAGUGCCAAAGGGCUUCAACUUCUUCUUGUACGUUUUGCAGGGCAAAAACUUGAUCCUCCAGAAGGACUCCAAGGUGAACAAGUUUGAGAAUGUGUUCUUCAACCCAGAUGGAGACACAAUUGUGGGAGAAUACCCAGAGAGCGAGAAGGAAGACCUUGAGUUUGUGUUGAUUGGUGGAGAAAUCUUGAACCAGAAGGUUGUUCAGCAUGGUCCAUUCGUGGCCACUUCCAGAGAGAGAAUCCAGCAAGCAUUUGCUGAUUACCAGUUUGCUCGUAACGGAUUUGAAAGAAUGAGAACCUGGAAAACUCUCAUAUCUGGAGGUGUUACUGAGGAAAUGAUCAACAACGAAUUGGGAGGCUCAGAUGAAGCCAGAGAGAAGCAAAGACAAGAGUACCUUGCCAAGGUCGCUAAUGUCAAGGACGAGCUUUAG